AUGUACGCGUGCGCGUUCGGGUUCAGGGAUUUCGAGGCGGAGGUGACGUUCUUGGACGCGUGCGCGCGGCGACACGGGACGCACGCGGGCGAGGCGGGUGAGGGGGAAGGGAUGACGAGCGUGCUGGAACUGGGGGCGGGACCGGCGUGGCACUCGUUGGAGGCGGCGCGGCGAGGGGUGCAGGCGGUGGCGUUGGAGAAGAGCGGGGCGAUGCGGGCGCACGCGCGGAACGAGGCGCAGGAUAUCGGCGCGCGGAACGUGCGAGUGAUCGACGGGGACAUGCGCGAGAUCAAUCUGGACCCGAUGACGGUGCCGGUGAAUGGAUUUGAUGUGGUGACGAUGCUUCUGGGGACGGCGGCGCACUUGCUGACGCAUGAUGACGCGAUUCGGUGCCUGCGCGCGGUGCGGCGAAACUUAAAGCCUGGGGGUAUUUUCGUCGUCGAGCUCGAGCAUCCUUGGGAUCUCUUCAGUGGGGACAUUCGCGAGGGCGCGGGCGACGCGUGGGAUCGUGAGGACGAGGAGAGAGGGGUGAAAGUUUUCGUCGAGUGGGGUCGAGACGGCGAUAACUUUGACAUCGAGACUCAAAUUUACGAGCGCACCGUGUCCUUCUCACUCGUCUCUCUCGCCACGAACGAAGUCAUCAAGAUCGUCGAGGAUGUCGUUCCGUGCAAAAUAUUCACCGCGCCCGAGUUUAUCGCCCUCGCGAGCGCCGCGGGAUUAACAUCCGUCGCGGUGUACGGAGACAUGGACGUGCGCGUCGCGCUCGACGACGAAAACGCGCACAACAUGGUCAUGGUUUUCCGCCGUGAACACGAAUAG